UAUUUAAUAAUUAUGUGUGCUUGUAAAAAAGUGAAAAUUUUAUAAAUGAAAAAAUACGAAAAUUACAAAAUGAUCACCUAUAGUGCAAUUAUUAGCUUGAUUUUCAUUUUACAAUCAAGUAAAAUUUUAGCAACAGAAAUAUCAGCAUCGACAACAACAACAACAACAACAACAACAACAGAAGAGUCAAACAAAGCGGAUGGGUUGGAUCUAACGAAUGUUACUUUUUCUUUGCCGAUAGCUGAAAAGCUUAUAUAUGUUCAUCAUCCGGCAUCGCUAAAAUCUAUUAAGCAUAUAAUAGAACCAAUAAGGCAUAAAUACAAACGACCUAAAAGGCCGAAAAUUAAAUACAGUUUUGCAGAGCCGCCGGGCAACCAUUACAAUGAUCAUAGCUCAACAUAUUUUGAAGAUUUCUCUCAUUUAAAUUUGGAAUCAGAUGAUUUCGGUUUGCCGCCAUCAAGUUAUGAUACCCACGUUACGAACGUUAAAUUUUACAAUGAAUACGAAAAACCGAAAGUUAAAUAUGAAGGAAUACAGAAACUACCCUCGUAUUCAUAUGGUGGUUCACAUGAAUCUAAUAAGCAAGUUUACAAAUCACCCUCAAAUAAUUAUGAAAUUCCAGAAGACACCUCUUCUUCACAUCCAACAAAAACAUCUCCGCAUCACUACCCGCCAUCAAAACAACCUUCCACGGAUGACACGUAUCAAGUGAACUAUAACACACCUACUGAACGCGGUUGCCACGAUUAUGAUAGCAAGCAUCCCAAAAAAAUUAUAACUUAUGCAGAACCCAUUUACAUAAGUGCGUCACCGUCUUACACCGAGAAACCAUCCUUAACGUAUAGUGCACAUAAUACUGAAUCUGCUCGUAUACCAGCUACCAAAUAUGGGGUCCCUGAUGUUUACUUCCCACCAUCAACAUAUAAUAUCAAUUCUUAUUUUGAUCAUACCGCACAAAAUCCCGAAAGACCUAAGGCGAAUGUUCAAAUAACCUAUUCACAACCAAAUGAAAUUAAAUUCACAUCACCUUCGCACUACCAAACCGACUACAGUAGUUACGACGAAUCAUCGAAAACAUAUCAAGCACCUCCGAAAACAUAUGAUUAUUCGCCACCAUAUAAGGCGCCAUCACUGAGUUAUGAGCUUCCUAAUACAUAUCAGACCUUUACACAUGGUUACGAUCAUCAUGCCCCAUCCCACAAUGUUGAACAUUCAGCCGGAUAUCAAGAGCCCUCUGGGGGUUAUGAACUUUCAUCGGCUGAUCAUAUGCCCUCGCAAGACUAUGAACAUCCGUCUGGCUACGAAACAUCCUCUCAGAAUUACGAUCAUUCAUCUUCUUACCAAGCACCGACCCAAAGCCAUGAUCAGUCAUCUUCUUAUGAAGAACAAUCUCAAACGGACGUUCAUUCAUCUUUGGAAAGUUAUGAUCACCGUCCGCCUUCACAAAAUUACGAACAAUCAUCUGGCUACGAAACAUCCUCUCAGAGUUAUGAUCAUUCAGCUUCUCACCAAGCGCCCUCCCAAAACCAUGAUCAUUCAUCUGCGGAAAGUUACGAUCAUCAACCGCCAUCCCAAAAUUAUGAACACCCGCAUCCUCAUCAAGAAAGCUCGCAUAGUCAUCAACCGUCGCACUACGAACCCCCACCGCAACAAUCCACUCAUGUAGCGGCAGAUGAUUAUAUACCUCCGUCGAACGAGUUGCCUAUAAGUCGAGACCGUAAACAUCCUCCUUACGAUUAUCCAAAAUCCAGUUACGAAGUCCCAAUUUACGACGCCGUACCUUUCGAUGCUGUUAACGAUCAAGAGCAUGAGAUUUACCCGCCUCAUGCACCGUCCAAUAAUAAUAAAAUAGUAACAGAACCGAAUAAUACUUCCGAAGAACCGCCGCAAACUUAUAAUGGUGGAUCGAAUAUUAAUAAUGAUUCUCAUUCGGCCAGCUCUAUGACUAGCUUAUCCGCAUCUUCCAGGCCUCGUAGAAUACGUAAAAAAAAAAGAGGCAACUUCAAAAGCUCGACAACCACCCUUACAGCUACUACAAGGCACAUACUUGAUGUACCCGAAUUGGAGAACGCUUUUGAAAAUGAAAAACGUAUAAUUCUCGCACCCACAGAUAAUUAUGCUCAUCCCUCCGUUAGAGUAGAAAACCUGCACUUAGGAGUUUGGAAUCCUAUGAAAUUAAGAACUUCUUCAAUGAAGGCCACGUCUGCGCCAAGUACUACUACUACUGUUAGUGUUUCAAUACCGAACACAAGAGUACGUAAUAUUUUUUACCGUGGACGUACAACAGAAAGUCCUCUAAGCUCGUCUAAAUCUAAAGUUGAAAUUAUAUCCAUUGAUAAAUCACAUUCUAAAGCAUACUACGAUGGCAUACUGUCCACACCGAAAUUUACAAAUACAAACGUUUACAGAAAACUAAUGAACAGACACAGAAGCGGCAGUAACGCUUCUACUAUGAUGCAGGGCAGUUUAAUUGACGCCGAGAAACUGUUUAAACGUACCACAAAGAGCAUGUUGGAUACUACACCUUUUAAAAGUCCUUACAGUAAUGAUAUGGAUAUAAAACGUACGCUACCUAAAAAUCAUAAAUUAUUUUAAAAGAAAAGUAUUUUAACAAUAAGCAUAAUUUUUACAAUACAUACUAUUCGUUUUUUAAACUU